AUGUCGUUUUAUUACGCCGGUUUUAACACCAAUGCACUCUUCUCCAAAGACGGAAAUAUCAUUCUUGCCGUAGAUUCGUUCACCACAGUACCAUUUCCUGGAAUUACAGACUUUCAAAUCGGUUGGAGUUAUUUUCUCGUUUGGAAAGAGGAUGGGUUGUAUAUUUCUAGAAAAUCUGAGGAAGAUAGUAAAGAGAUUGAACUAGUACAAAUACCAGACAAGUCGCUAAAUAGUUGCAAGCAAGCUGCACCUGGCAGGGACAACGUAGUAAUCCUAUCCAAAGACAACGAACUCUGGCGAUACAAAAUUUACGAAAAUUCUUGGAAGAAAGUUGACAAUUUCAUUUUUAACAGCAACGAAUCGGAAAACGAGUAUCCUGUUAAAAUAGCGCAAGGAGGAUGCACGGUGGUUCUCACUAAUUUAGGUCGGGUGUUCAACGUUCCUACGUUGGUCGACAUGCCGAAGAGGGUUCGAUUCACAGAUAUCGCCUGUGGAUUCGACCACACUGUCCUGUUGGCAGGAAACGGUGACAUUUAUUCAAUGGGAAUGGGAACGCGUGGUCAAUUGGGGCACAACGAUUUAGAAGACUGCGAUAAUCCGAGGCUGAUCGAGGCGUUAGCGGGCAUUAAAGUGGUCGAAAUUUCGGCGGCGGGCUGGCACAGUGCCGUAGUCACCGAUCAAGGUGACCUGUAUACAUGGGGGUGGAAUACCAAGGGAGAAUUAGGCUUGCUCAGCCUAGAGAGCAAAGUAUCGGCUGUGCCCACGUUGGUUCAUUUCACAGACGAACGGGACGAGACCGUGGAAAUUUUGGUGAAAAAGGUUCGAUGCGGAAAUACGUUCACCGUUUGUACAACUGAUGAUGGAACACUUUGGGGUUGCGGAUGCAAUAAGUACGGGCAAUUAGGACAGCCUCGAGAAAGGCUCGCAGCUACUUCGAAGUUCGUGAAACUGGACGUUCCUGUAAAACCCACGAGCAUUCGAGAUUUCAAGUGUCGCGAAUGGGGCACUGUACUUGUAACGGACUGAUAUUGUAACUUUUUGCGAGAAGAAAAUAAAGAAGACGUCAGUCGUUUGA